GAGUUAGACACACACACAAAGCCAAUGUACAUAGCAAAAUGGGAAAGGGAUUUGGGAAUAGAGAUAGAUGAAGACAAACAGAGGAAAAUAUAUAGACUAACACAUGAGAACGUAAGCAUGAGAGAGGUGGAGAUGGCACUUGAGUGUUGGCGGGGCUGUGGAAAGAUAGGUACGUUAUAUCACAUAUGGUGGGAGUGCCCAAAGAUUCAAGGUUUUUGGGAGACAAUAGUUCACUUAAUUGGGAUAAUCUCUGAGAUAAAGAUAGGAUUGGAUCCAGAGUUGUGUCUAUUACAUAGUACAGAGCUAUCAGUGAACAAAUACAAGGAUUCGGGUAUAUGGUAUUAUCUAAAUGCGGCAAAGGGUCUGAUAUCUAGGUAUUGCCAUAGCUCAGAGGUGCUGAGAGAAGAGGAUUGGGUGGAAAGAGUGAAUCAGAUAUGUAGGAUGGAGAAACUG